CCACGUGAUCACACAGCUGAUUGCCGUAAAUGGUGGGAGGUCAUAAAGCUUGGCGGUUCAUUUAAAACAGUCACAACAUCUACAACUAUAACAAGAUGUCUACAAAUCUGAGAAAGUCGUUCCGCUUAUCGUGGCUGCCAGGCAAAAAGUAUAACGUUUUAGAAGGAAAAGAAAAUAUGUAUUUCAACACACCAAAGUACAAGCGUGCCAUUUCCGAAGGAGAUAUUCCGACACAGCGCCACGCAAUCCAUCCAUUGAAAAACCGUGGAAACCAAAAACCAAAGUUUGAAAGGAAUUCAACUCUUACGAAGUCAGUUCGCGAAGCUGUCGGUUCUUUGAAACAGAAAUUUCGUUUAUCAACAAGAAAGUUGAAGAGGUUGACUAAUGAUACAAAGAGUCCAUCACCUACAAAAGGUGUUCGUCAUGGUAACCGGACAUCAGGAAGGACACCACCCCGUCCUGCUCAUCAUGAUGUGAAGAUGUACUCCCCGUUUGUGAUUGACACACCUAGCUCAAGUCGUACACCUACCAGGUUACGUACUUCUACAUCUUCGAGAUGGACGGACAACAUGGAGACCCCCACACGCCUGCGUAAGGAGGUAGAGGCUCUCACCUCCAACAUGCAAGCCCUAGCCACCCUAACUCCAGGGGGGCUGCAGCAGAGACCCAAAACAAGACGAUCAACAGUUUCUCCACUGACAAAUGGCAGCUUGAAGAUGCGCCCACUAGGUGAGCGGAGUAGCGAGAGGAUACAGACCAGGCAGCAGCGAAUAAGGACGUCAGCACUGGUGUACUGAGUCUGUGAACAGAAGGACAUCAUCACUGGUGUACUGAUCUUGAGUCAGUGAACAGGACACCAGCUUUAGUGUACUGAGCUGUUGAACAGGACACCAGCUCUAGUGUACUGAGCUGUUGAACAGGACACCAGCUCUAGUGUACCGAGAUGUUGAACACAGACAUUUCUGGUGCAUGUUGUCGAAUCUCCACAUUACAAUAGUGCCAUCACAUGUAGCUUGCUACAUACAACUUACAAACUGGACAUUUGCUUUGUCAAGUGACGUGGUGCUAGCUAGAAACUUGAGGUAUCAAGACAAGACUUUAAAGGUUAUAAGUGAAGACAAACAAUACUUUCAAAAUUGACAAUGUGUUUUAAUUUGUCUAUAAGCACUGUAUUGUAAAACAUCUAGAAGUACUCUUUUCCAGGUCUAGGUUUAUUGAUCCUGUAGCUAAUAUUAUUAUUUGUAUAUGCUAAUAGCCCUUAAUAUGGACUUUGUAAAGUAUUUAAUUUUGAAUAAUGUUAGUUUUGAUUGGGUGUGAACUGAUGAGUGGAGUUGAUUAUAUUUUUCUUUCCUACAUCUUCAGUUCGAAAAGUGAAAUGUAGUUAUACGCAUUACAUAUGGCACGUUAAAUGAAAGGCCAGUGCUACAUAGGUAGCAUGCUUGCUUGUUAGUGAUUUUGUUUUAGUCCCAGCAGUGUUUUUAAUCUUUGACCUCGACACACUUGCCAGUCUUGAUAUUUGAUAUACAUGUGUAUUGUACCUGUUAUUUUGUCCUGUAAUGGCCACACCAUUGAAGUGGUUUUUGUUAAACUCUACUGAAAUGGAUUGAAUAUUUUGGCAUUUUCUUCAAACCGGUAAUUAGUAUAUGUCUGUUUGAAGUUUUUUUAGCAGAACUUUAAGGUUUUUAUGACAUCUACCUUUCAUGUUCAUUUUAGAUAAAAAAAAAAAAUGAUUUCGAAAUUACCUGAUAAAGAUUUCAUCUUUACAUGAUUUAUACAUUGUAAGCUACACCAUUGAUGUAAAUAACCAGGCUUCUUGGUUAUGUAGAACUUACGUGUUACGGUUGUAAUUUGUUUGUUUUCACGUCGUUGUGUUUCCAACUUUGAACACUUUUGAAUAUAAUGGAGAGGAAUGCACAUUACAGUUAGAUGCUUGUUUUUGUAAAAUGGACAGCCAUCCACCCUAUAACCCUCUACCUAUACCCAGUAUUAUCAGUAUCUGUAACCAAUAUACAUACCUUUCUCCGUUUUUUUUCUACUGCUGUCUUUCCUUUUUCUACAUUUUCUGUGUAAGUGAUAAAUUGUCUAGCGUAAUACAAAAUAUUAUUAACCCUACAGCAAGGCAAAGAUGGGGAUGGGUGGGGUAUACUGAAAUAGGGGUCUCAGGCUGUCCUUUGUCCGUAGACAAACGUUUGUCCUAAAGCAGUACAUUUGAAACUGGGUCCUAAUGAAUGGAGAAUUUUGACUUGUUUUAACGUUUAAUGGUAAAAAUAUAGAAAUUUUACAAUAGGAUCUUACAAGACGAUUUAAGUUUUUAGUACUGCAUAGAUUUGUGAAAACCUAUACACUCUAGCAGUAUUUAAAGUGGAACUUGAUAGAUAUGCAAAUUAUUAUUUAUUUCAGCCUUUUUUCACCCUUUACCCUUUUCAAAAAAAAAAUCCAUACAAGUUACAACUUCUUUUAAGGUAUAGGUACUGCACAUAGGUUUCAUUGAAACUUAAUCAGUAUGUAAUAUAGUUGUUAACUAUACCUGUUAAUUUCUUCAUGAGGAAUGGUUUUUAUUAUUCCAUGUAUUGAACCAAAGUGUAGUCCUAAUGAUGUGUGCUGUUUUAAGUGUGAGACUAACAGUCCUAGUUUUGAAUGUAUCUAAUUCUGUCAUUAAUUCAUUCUUAUAUAUCUACAAUAAUGUAAAAUCUUGAAAACAGUCAGAUAAAAGAUAUAUAUGUAGUUACAGUAUGGUUGGUUAGUAGCAUCAAGUUUGUUUAAAGUUUUCCCAUCUGACCUUUCCUGUCAUUUUGUCAUUCACUACAGAUCCUUUUUUCCAAUACUGCAUGUAAAUUAGGCUACUCUAUUAAAAUACUCGUCCCUGGAGAUAUACUUUUUUUGUUGUUUUGUGAAAUUAGUGUAUUCCAUAUAAGAUAUUUUGACAGGCUAACAAGUGAACAAAAUGUCGUUUUUCUUUUUCGUGUAGUACAGGACAUAUCUUUUAAUGUAUUUAAAAAUCAAGGAUUUUCUUUUUUGACCUUCCCUAGAGUUGUAGUCAAUAUAUACCAAGGUACAUACCACAACCAAGCCUUCUUCAUUUCCGUUGAUUGAAUGAGCUGCAUCAAUACUGUGACAAGUCUAACUAAAUAUUAGCUUUACAACUUUUUACAGGCCCAAACUGGCAAUUAUCUUGAGAACUUUCUUUCGUGGUAUUUAGAGAACGUACAAUAAUUUGAUAAUGAAAAAAAUGACUAUGUUGCUUUAUUUGUUUUUUGACAGAGGGGGGAUAUUGCUAAAAGCAAGUAGGAACUUAUCUUCAAAUUUUGACAUUGAAAGUUGAAUAUUAUUCAUUACAUAUUGAGUAACAUGAUAAAUCAUUCGACCUCUGUUCGGUCACCACACUCUAUUGGGACCCCAGUUCUGGGUAAUUCUUUACUCACAUUGUAGCAAUAUUUGUUAUAUAUAUUAAAAGGCUGUACAAUAAAGCCGUCUGUUGACAAUAGA